AUGGGCAUAACAACCGCCUCCGCCGACUCCGAAUCGGCGAUCCUCUUGAUCCCCAAGUCAACCAAUCCGGAUAAGAUCCCCAAAGAUGCGUUCCACUUGGCUUACAUAAUAUACUUCACAUUGGGCGUGGGCUAUCUCCUUCCAUGGAACGCCUUCAUCACCGCCGUCGAUUACUUCGCCUACCUCUACCCGGGUGCCUCCGUUGACCGCGUGUUUGGCGUAGUUUAUAUGCUCGUGGGGCUCACGUCCCUGGUCUUCAUCAUCGCGUUCGCUCACAGAUCCAACUCAUAUGUGAGGAUCAAUGUCGGGUAUGUCUUCUUCCUGGUGGCACUGCUGGCUGUACCUCUUAUGGAUGUUUGGUAUGUGGAGGGGAGAGUUGGGGUUUACGGUGGCUAUUAUGCAACGGUGGGAUUCGUCGCAUUGUGUGGAGUGGCGGAUGGAUUGGUGCAGGGCGGUGUUGUGGGGAAUGCAGGAGAAUUGCCUGAGAGGUACAUGCAGGCUGUGGUUGCUGGAACUGCUGCUUCUGGUGUCCUUGUUUCAAUUUUAAGAGUUAUAACAAAAGCUAUAUUUCCUCAAGAUACCCAUGGCCUGAGACAAAGCGCGAACCUUUACUUCAUUGUUAGCAUUGCAGUAAUGCUGUUAAACAUAAUUUUCUAUAACGUGGCUCAUAGGCUUCCCGUUAUCAAAUAUUACAAGGACCUCAAAAGCGUGGCCGUAAAUGAGGAGAAGGAGCAGAAAGGUGAUAUCACUGGGAAGCUAUGGAGAUCGACAUUAUGGGACAUUGUUGGGGCCGUAAAAUGGUAUGGAUCGGGAAUCUUGAUCAUAUACGUCGUGACUUUAAGCAUUUUUCCUGGAUCAGUUACGGAGGAUGUUCAUUCGGCCAUCCUCAAGGACUGGUAUCCAAUCAUUUUAAUUGCCGGUUAUAAUAUAUUUGACCUGAUCGGUAAGACAUUGACCCCAUUGUAUCUCAUGGACAAUGCUAAAGUUGCUAUUGGUGCUUCAUUUGGGAGGUUGUUGUUUUUGCCCCUUUUCUACAUUUGUCUGCACGGUCCUGAAAUUUUCAGGACAGAGAUUCCUGUUACAAUAUUGACGUGUCUUCUGGGCCUUACAAAUGGGUACUUCACUUGUGUCUUGAUGAUUUUGGCCCCGAAAACAGUCCAGAUACAGCAUGCCGAGACUGCCGGGAUCGUCCUCGUGUUGUAUCUCAUCUUUGGUUUGGCUAUUGGUUCAGUUGUGUCCUGGUUUUGGGUCUUCUGA